CGAUGCUAACAUUCAAGUUUCAACGACGAGUUUGAAAGAAGAAAGACAAGCCCUUCUUCUCCCGACGGAGAGAGAGAGAGAGAGAGAGCCCUAGUUAGGGCUUUAACAUAUCAGAGGGCGAUGUUUUCUCUCUACAACUGUCUCAAACUCGUCUCGAUCAUAGCGAAAUGAGGGGACGAUCUCGACCGCACGAUCAGACCCCGCUCUCAUCCCUGCCAUCCGAUCGUUCACACCACAGUGGUAGAAAUAUUUUCUGUUUGAUAAAGCUGAGAGAGAUAUCUCCUAGGACAAAGCAUGUGCCAAAAAGGCAGUGGGGAGAAGCUUCUAAACCUGGGCCCAAAAGUGAAGCAGCCAGAGAUCCAAGACGUGGUCUUCUCUCAUGGGUUGAGGCAGAGACAUUGCGCCAUUUGUCUGCUAAGUACUGCCCGUUGGUGCCUCCUCCAAGAUCAACUAUUGCAGCAGCAUUCAGUCAUGAUGGAAGAAAACUUGCUUCUACGCAUGGUGACCAUACGGUAAAGAUAAUUGAUUGUCAAACUGGAAGUUGCUUAAAGGUGUUAAGUGGUCAUAGGAGGACUCCCUGGGUGGUUAGGUUCCAUCCAUUGCAUCCAGAAAUACUUGCAAGUGGGAGCUUAGAUUAUGAAGUUCGGUUAUGGGAUGCGAACACAUCAGAGUGUAUAGGAUCGCGGGAUUUCUAUCGUCCCAUUGCAUCCAUUGCUUUCCAUGCAAAAGGGGAUAUCCUUGCUGUUGCAUCAGGCCACAAGUUAUACAUAUGGCACUACAACAAGAAAGGAGAAGCUUCAUCGCCGACCAUUGUAUUAAAGACAAGGCGUUCACUACGAGCAGUGCAUUUUCACCCUCAUGCCGCUCCAUUUCUCUUAACUGCUGAGGUCAAUGAUCUUGACUCUUCAGAUUCCUCAAUGACAUGCGCAACAUCUUUGGGUUACUUGCGAUAUCCUCCUCCAGCUGUUUUUGUUGCAAAUGUUCAUUCCAAUGAACGUGUUAGUUUGAUUGCUGAACUACCUCUCAUGUCCUUCCCUUUCUUGUUUGUGCCUUCGUUUGCCAUAGAUGACUCACAGAUAGAAUUGCAGCAUGCUGGUUUGAGUAGCAUGCAAGUGGAGCCUGCUGCUUCAAUACAGCUUCAAAUGGAUGCAAAUGAAGCACGGCAUUAUGAUAUUAUGGCAUCUCCUAUGGAGACAUUUCCUGCUAUUCCUACUGGCUCACAUAGUGGUAUGGAAGAUACUGCCAAUAACCAUUUCACUAGUGGAACAGGAAGUGGUGUUUAUGACCCCACAGUCAAUGCUAUGGAAAUUGAUGAAAUGCAGACUGUUGGGAGAAGCCAGCGUGGAAGCUCUCCUAACUUAGAUACUGUUGGUGGUAUCAAUACUGCAUUUUGUGGAGCACGUGGAUAUAUUCCAACACGCUUGGAUCUUGCUGAGUUUGGGAAAUUUCAUCAGUUUUUACCUUACAGAGACCCAAUUGGGUGGGAGCUACCUUUUUUGCAAGGAUGGUUAAUGGGUCAAAGCCAUGGUGGUCUUCCUUCAAUGUUGCCGCUUAAUGGUGAUGAUAUUAAUCGUGAGCAGUCAGCUCGACAUAUAGGUUCCUCCAUCUUGGCAUCUCAUGUGUCGACUCAUAAUCUGACAAUGCCAGGCAGCAUCAGUGCACCUGGCGUUUCUGGAAGAUCUAACUUGCGACAUCAUUUUCCACACUCUCACUUCUCUGUAUCUGAACCUUUUGAGGGUGCUGCUCCUAAUGCCCCAAAUGAUCGGGUUGAUGCUCAACCCAUUAUUAGUAGAAUCCAGUCGAAAGUCACUACCUCACUCGCUGCUGCAACUGCUGCAGAGCUACCUUGCACUGUGAAGCUAAGAGUAUGGUCACAUGAUAUAAAAAAUCCUUGUGCCCUACUCAAUGCUGAAAGAUGCUGCUUAACCAUACCCCAUGCUGUCCUUUGUAGUGAAAUGGGUGCCCAUUUUUCACCUUGUGGGAGAUUUUUAGCUGCCUGUGUUGCAUGCACAUUUCCCCAUAUGGAAGCUGAUCCAGGUUAUCACACUCUAAUCCAUCAAGAUCCUGGGGCUGCGUCGUCCCCAACUCGACAUCCAGUCUCAGCUCACCAAGUCAUAUACGAGCUCCGCAUUUAUUCCCUGGAGAAGGCAACCUUCGGUUCAGUGCUUGUAUCACGAGCGAUACGAGCUGCUCAUUGUUUGACUUCUAUCCAGUUCUCACCGACAUCUGAGCACAUAUUACUUGCCUAUGGCCGACGGCAUGGUUCUCUUCUUAAAAGCAUUGUCAUUGAUGGGGAAACAACAUUGCCUAUCUACACAGUUCUAGAGGUUUACAGAGUUUCAGAUAUGGAGCUUGUGGGAGUGCUUCCAAGUGCUGAGGAUGAGGUCAAUGUCGCUUGCUUUCAUCCAAUUGCUGGGGGAGGUCUUGUUUAUGGAACAAAGGAAGGGAAGCUUAGGGUUCUACAAUGUGAUGGUGGUCGUGUGAAUUGCACCAAAUCAAAUUACUUUCCCGAGGAAAACAUGGCUCUUGUAGGACAGUGAGCCAGGUUGUAGCAUAUUCUUCCUUUUUUCAUUUAUAUUUAAGAAAACACAGUUCUCAGCUUUGCUCUUAAAAUGUCUCUGCGUAAUCCUUUUCUUUUUUCCUUUAACCCCUCACAAAACUGUGACUUUUGUAAAUGCUAGUCAUAGCUUAAAAGACUUUACUUUUCACAUGCUAACAAAGCUGGUGGCUUAUCUUUCUA